UGGAGGGGCGUGAUAUGCAUGGGGAAUACAACCAAAAUAGUAUUAUUAACUUAGUCUAGCGUUUGGAAAAUGGAUCUAAUGAUGAAACGUGUAUUCACAGUAAUUGUAACAGUUAUUCCAGUAUUGCCCAAAUAAAGGGCGACGUUAGUUAUUUUCUGUUAUAAUAAAAGAAAGAACUUACCGGGAGCAUGGCUUCACACAGUAAUCAGUACAUCUUUGGAGAGUUCAGCCCUGAUGAGUUUGAUCAAUUCUUCAUGACCCCCCGCUGUUAUGUUGAGCUUCCCCCAUUGAAUGGCAAAUUCCCCUGCAUCAGUCACUCCUCAGGGCGACACUAUCAGCACAUGGAGUUUAGUGUUGAGGGACUGAUUACUCCUGACUCUGGUGAGAUGAAGGAGUCCAUGCAUAAGGUCUCCAGCACUCUGAACCCGCAGGCUCCUGAGUUCAUCCUGGGCCGCCAGCCUUCACCCAAAGCACUGCAGAGCUUCCAUUGCACUGACUUCAGCUCUGUGGACUGCCCAGACUCAGAGCUCCCCUCCUUGGAGAGCAGCUGUGUAGACCAGGGGCAGCGAGAGCGGAAGAAGAAGAAAAAACGACCGCCUGGGUACUACAGCUACCUGAAGGAGGCCAGCAGAAACGGCUGCAGCCCUGUGGCCCAUGCUGAAGUUCCCCUGGAAGUGGGACUGGUGAACGGACAUGCAUUCAGUGUUUCAGGUCUUUGGCUGGAGGACAUGGCUGGGGAGGUGGUUUCAAAGGCCCAGCAUUAUAACUGUAGCCCUGACAGAAGCGCCCCUGCCCAGAGGAUUUGUGAAAGCCCUGAUGAAUCCCCUUUGGACUUCUCAUCGUCCUCUCACAGCAGCAGGGUGGCGGAGGAGGGCAGGACUGCCAAGCAGCUGCCAGGGCCCCUGCCCCCCGGGAGCCCUGGACUGCAGGGAAGUGGGAGGCGUAGCCCCAGCCCAACCUGCCCCCCUCCCCCAUCCACUACUGCUGUAACCAGCACAGCCCACAGUGAUGCUACUACUGAUGAGGAGGAGAGCAGGGACAGUGGAAUGUCAAGUGGACUGGUGGAACUUGAUGCAGUUUGCAGUCAUGGUGAACAGAAGGACUCUUCUGUGAAAGAGAAACAGCCAUCAGUUGCCCCUGAACUUCUGCCUCUGGCAGAGGAGGUGUGGUCACCUCUGUCUCUGGCUGCUGGUGUGACCAGUUCACCCAGGUCCUGGGCCAGCCUCUUUCACAACUCGAAGCCCCAGCUGGGGAGCCCACAGGCAUAUGUGGAAGUAAAAAAUUUACCAGAGGCUGUCACUGUAGCUCCAGCUGCAGUUCAGACAUUGCAGAAGGUGGCCGAAGCCAAGGAACGCAUUAUCCAUGUCUCUGAAGAUCCCAUGGCACUCAAGCUUGCAGAGUUGAUUGAAAAUGUGAAGUUGAUACACAAAGCAGUGUCUUUGAAACCGAGAGGACUGAUCAACAAGGGAAAUCGGUCCUAUAUGAAUGCUACUCUGCAAGCCCUGGUUGCUUGCCCCCCCAUGUACCAUCUGAUGAAAUCCAUUUCCAUGAUAAAGGGCAAGCAGCGGCCAUAUACCUCCACACCAGUGAUCGAUAACUUUGUUAGGCUUGUGAAUGAGUUCACCAGUAUGCCUAUGCCAUCAAAGUCAAAGCAGCAAGGUGCUGGCUAUAAAGUAGUGGCAGGCAUUCGACCAGGACUUCCUUUCGAACCCCAUUAUAUCUACAGACUUCUCUCUGUCUUCAAGCCAGGUCUCUCUGAGAUGGGCCGACAGCAAGAUGCGGAGGAGUACCUGGGCUGCAUCCUGAAUGGACUGCACGAGGAAAUGCUGGCACUGAAAAAGCUGCUUUACCCACAAGAAGAAAAAGUUUCAACACUAAAUGGUCCAGGUUCCCAGCCGGGAGCUAAAGAGGACAUGGCUGAGAAAGAGGAGGAAGGCAGUGAUGAUGAAUGGGAGCAAGUCAGACCCCGAAACAAGGCCGCCAUAACUCGACAAGCAGACCGUGUCCGAACCCCUAUCACUGACAUAUUUGGAGGACACAUCAGGUUGAUUGUGUACCAGCAGAACUCCAAAGAGUCAGCCACGUUGCAGCCUUUCUUCACCCUGCAGCUGGACAUCCAGUCAGAGAAGACCCACACCGUCCAGGAGGCCUUGGAAGCCCUGGUGGCACAAGAGUCUGCUCAUGGAUACCCCACUAAGAAGCAGGAGAUCAGGCGGAGAGUUACUCUGGAAGUGCUUCCACCAGUGCUGGUCCUCCACCUCAAGAGAUUUGUGUUUGAGAGGGCUGGAGGGUAUCAGAAGCUAAUCAAUAAUAUUAGUUACCCUAUAGACCUGGAAAUCAGCAGAGAUCUCAUAUCAUCACGGGUGCGGAGCAAAAUUUCAAAAAACCAAAGAAUGUACAGGCUCUUUGCAGUUGUGUAUCACCAUGGGAACAGUGUUACUGGUGACCAUUACAGCACGGAUGUCUUCCAUAUUGGUCUAAACAGCUGGCUACACAUUGACAACCAUACGAUGAAGGUCAUCAGCCAGCACCAGGUGGUGAAGCAGACUAUAGAGCGCACUGCUUACCUGCUAUACUACCGCCGUGUCGACCUGAUGUAAAAAUGCACCAACCUUCCAAGAGCACUACCCAACUUCUACUUCUCUCGAGCUUUUCCUCUUCCUCCCCUGCAUUUCCAACAAUUCCUUUAUCCUUUUAUGCUUUUGGAAGAAGAAUAAGAGGGGGAAAGGU